AAACACCUUGAAAAUAGAAAUACAUUGAAUGUUUUUACAGGCAAACAAAACAGAAAAAAACAAACCCUUGUCAGAAUGGAUAAUUAUUGUAUAAUUAAGAACUUAAAGAAAAAGAUUUUGAGCAUUUGCAUGUUUGACAACAUUACCUGCUCAGGCAUGAAGACAAGCUGGAACAUGCAUGACUUUAAAUAUAAUCAGUGGUUGUGUUUAACCCCGCCAUCUCUGCCCGUGUCUCUGCCUGCCUUCUGGACAUCUCUUCUUGGAUGAAAAAGCAUCACCUACAACUCAACCUCUCCAAGACAGAACUCCUGGUUAUACCGGCCCGACCAUUAAUUGAACACCACCUUACCAUUCAGCUCGGAUGCUCAACUAUCACACCCACCAAGUCUGCGAGGAACCUGUGGGUGAAGUUUGACGACCAGCUGAAAUUCACCUCUCACAUCGCAGCAACCUCUCGAACUUGCAGGUAUGUGCCCUACAACAUCAGGAAAAUCAGGCCGUUCCUGUCGGAGCAUGCCUCUCAGCUGCUUGUCCAAGCUCUGGUCAUAUCAAGACUGGACUACUGCAAUUCUCUACUGGCCGGCCUUCCAACCGAUGCAGUCAAGCCCUUGCAAAUGAUCCAGAAUGCAGCUGCACGUAUAGUUUUCAAUCAACCUAAAAGAACCCAUUUAACACCCCUUCUGAUUUCACUUCACUGGCUGCCAGUUGCCGCCCGCAUCAAGUUUAAAUCUCUGACACUGGCCUUCAGAACGAUAACGGCAAAUUCGCCCAUCUACCUUAAUUCAGUGCUCCAGGUCUACAUCCCCUCCUGUCAUCUUCGGUCUGAAAAUGAGCAACGCCUGGUUGUUCCAUCACAGCGAGGCACCAAAUCGCUUGCAAAAACCUUUACUUAUUCAGUUCCCCUUUGGUGGAAUGAACUACCAGCCUCCAUCCAAACUGCAGCAUCCUUCACAAGUUUCUCAAAACAUACCUGAUCCGCAUUUAUUUGACUAACCAAUAACUCUGUAUGUCUGUCUGUCAAAAAAAAACCCUUGUUGU